CAUUUUAACGCACUGCUGUUAGACACUGUUACAGGCUCACACAGAUGGGCUGAGCAGGGAAGAGCAAACCCUAACAGGAUAAUGGGUUUCAGAAAGUUCAUUUGACCAUUUGAAGGAACUGGAUUUACCUUUGGCACAAAUGCAGAGUGGGGGCGGAUAGGGAGGUGAAAAAAAUCUAAGGUUGGAAAGAAAUAUCUGGGAAGGUAGAAAAAGGAAAUUUGAAAACUGAUUGGCUCUAGUGUGCUGUCAGCGGGUGGAUGUCGUUUCUUCUUCUUCUUCUUCUUUUUUUUUUUUUUUUUGCUACAGGAAGUGAUUUGCAGUGCUCACCGAGCCUUUGUUGAGAAGGGUCUCCUCUCAGAGUGAGUCAUGCUUUUGCUGUGAGCGGCCCCGAGCAGCUGGCGCUCCGUCAGAGGCAACUAUGACUUUUGCAAAGCAAACGUGCAACCCCAAGCAGCGGUCUCCCGGGCCGGGGCUGCGUGGCCGCUGUUGUGCUGGCUUUUAAUGGUGGGAGGGCACCGCUCUUUGGCUCCGCUCUCCCUCUCCAGAGGGCUGUCCCGGGGCCCCCGCUCUCCGUCCCGCUCCGGGGACCGUGGCUUGCCUGCUAUGCGCGGCAGCCCGCGCCAGGGCCGGCACCAGCAGCGCCCGGGCGGAUGCAGCGAGCCCACGGAGGGGCAUGCUUCCACGCACCAAGUACAACCGCUUCAGGAAUGACUCGGUGACAUCGGUCGAUGACCUUCUCCAUAGCCUGUCGGUGAGCGGCGGCGGCGGCGGCGGCAAGGUCUCCGCGGCGCGCGCGACCCCGGCGGCGGCCCCCUACCUGGUGUCCGGCGAAGCGCUGCGAAAGGCGCCCGACGAUGGGCCCGGCAGCCUGGGCCACCUGCUCCACAAGGUGUCCCACCUGAAACUCUCCAGCUCGGGCCUCCGCGGCCUGUCGUCCGCCGCCCGGGAGCGGACCGGCGCGCGGCUCUCAGGCAGCUGCAGCGCGCCCAGCCUGGCAGCCCCGGACGGCAGCGCGCCCCCGGCGCCCCGCGCCCCGGCCAUGAGCGCCGCCAGGAAGGGCCGGCCCGGCGACGAGCCGCUGCCCAGGCCCCCUCGGGGGGUGCCGCACGCCAGCGACCAGGUGCUGGGGCCUGGAGUCACCUACGUCGUCAAGUACUUGGGGUGCAUUGAAGUUCUACGCUCAAUGAGGUCUCUUGACUUCAGUACAAGAACACAAAUUACCAGGGAAGCCAUCAGCCGAGUCUGCGAAGCUGUCCCUGGUGCCAAAGGAGCCUUCAAGAAGAGAAAGCCUCCUAGCAAAAUGCUGUCCAGCAUCUUGGGAAAGAGCAACCUCCAGUUUGCGGGGAUGAGUAUCUCUCUGACCAUCUCCACCGCCAGUCUGAACCUGCGUACACCCGACUCCAAACAGAUCAUAGCGAACCACCACAUGCGGUCCAUCUCCUUCGCCUCUGGGGGAGACCCGGACACAACAGACUAUGUUGCAUACGUAGCUAAGGACCCUGUUAAUCGCAGAGCUUGCCACAUUCUGGAAUGCUGUGACGGGCUGGCCCAAGAUGUCAUUGGCUCCAUCGGACAAGCCUUUGAGCUCCGGUUUAAGCAGUAUUUGCAGUGUCCUACCAAGAUCCCUGCUCUCCAUGAUCGAAUGCAGAGCCUGGAUGAGCCAUGGACGGAAGAGGAGGGGGAUGGUUCAGACCACCCCUACUACAACAGCAUUCCAAGUAAGAUGCCUCCUCCAGGGGGGUUUCUUGAUGCUCGACUGAAAACGAAACCCCAUGCUCCUGACACAGCCCAGUUUACAGGAAAAGAGCAAACUUAUUACCAGGGAAGACACUUAGGAGACAUGUUUGGCGAAGAUUGGCAGCAAACACCUGUCAGGCAAGGGUCCCUGGACAUCUACAGCAUGCCAGAAGGGAAACCGCACGUGGCCCCCACGGGACAGGGACCCACCUACGUCAACACCCAGCAGAUGCCGUCACAGGCCUGGCCGGCAGUGGUCAGCAGUGCCGAGAGCAGCCCGCGAAAAGACCUCUUUGACAUGAAACCUUUUGAAGAUGCUCUCAAGAACCAGUCCUUGGGGCCCAUGUUGAGCAAAGCAGCAUCUGUGGAGUGCAUCAGCCCUGUGUCACCCAGAGCGCCGGAUGCCAAGAUGCUGGAGGAACUGAACACCGAGCCUUGGUACCAAGGAGAGAUGAGCAGGAAGGAGGCAGAGGGGCUGCUGGAGAAAGAUGGAGACUUCCUGGUCAGGAAGAGCACCACCAACCCGGGCUCCUUUGUCCUCACGGGCAUGCACAACGGCCAGGCCAAGCACCUGCUGCUUGUGGACCCCGAAGGCACGAUCCGGACAAAGGACAGAGUCUUCGACAGCAUCAGCCACCUCAUCAACCACCACCUGGACAGCAACCUGCCCAUCGUGUCUGCCGGGAGCGAGCUGUGCCUCCAGCAGCCAGUGGAGAGGAAGCAGUGACCGGCCAGCGCCUCUCCCGACACCGUGCGCCAGGUCAGGAGGACCUGGGGAGAUCGGUCAGGGCUGCAGGAACUGGGGCAGCUGCCCGUGGCUCAGAGCCUUUUCAAAAGCCCCAAAAGGAAGGCUUCCUUCAAGGUCAAGUUUCAUAAACUUAUUCCAGGUUUCUCAUAUGCAUAUUAGAGGUGUACAUACCUAUAUAUCCUGUACAAAUUAUCCCUCUAUAUUUAUAUUUUUUAAGACUAAGAAAGAUAUAAGACUAAUAUUCUGUGCUGUAUGUUUUUAAUGAAAAAAAGUUUGACUGUA